AGGGUGUCUUGCCGCGACACACGAUCGAGAGGCGAGAACAGGUGUCGUUCAAGAUCGCCAACGCGUCCCAAAAAACCGCUCGCCGCCAUUGGCUAGCUUUGGCUGCUCGCUCGGAGCCAAUCGCAGGUUCGCUGCGACCACCAUGACCACACGAUUCCUGCCAGAGAUCAUCUACACUAUAGCGCUCACCUCUCUGAGCACUCACAUGCUAUGGCUCCGCAAGGAGUCCCAGGAGCAGCGUGCGUACUUCACCACGCGUCUCAAGCUCCUUGAGGAUACCGCACAACGCCUGCGCGCCGGCCAGCCUGUCCCGGAGGACGAUUUCGACCUGAUACGAAAGAUGGCAAGGGAACCCGGAUCUGACCGUGGCGCUGCCAGAGGCAUCGAGCCCACAGACCAUCUCGGCUGGAAAGAGGCCUUGCUUGGUCGUAAAGGCGGUGCUGGUAGCCGAUCAGAACAACUCGACAUGCAAGACUGGGAGGAAGGUCGGUAGAAAAUCCUCGCUUUCUCUCCGCGCCCAGUUCUAACGGAGCGGCUCUCAUUCCAGUGAAGAAGGAAGUGGAGCGGUCAUAGCCAUCAUCCAUUGGUGCCUUCUUCGUAUGCCUUCCAUCGUUGGGCUGUGCUGAUUCUGCGUUGUUGAUCAUCAUCAGCAUUUGUUCACAUCUAUACGUGCUACAUUUGUUACCACGUCUUGCUCACGGAACUUUCCUGACUUAAGUGUGCAGCGUUCAGCUGCGACCCG